AAUAAGCGGGGAUUCGAAAAAUGCUUGUGGGAGUUAAGUGGAGUAAAAGUCUUACUCCACAUAACCACAGACAAUGGGUUACUAAACAUCACGGACCAUAUAUAAACCAAAUUAAUAUUGCGUCUCCCAGUAUUGUGGUACUGCUGGUGGGUUAAUUACGGUGCGUGCUAGUGACUUGUGGAAUUAUGGCUGUUAAGAUUUUCUGGAUGGUGGUGGCGGUCCUGGGGGCGGCGAGGUGCGAACCCCCGAGCUCGAACUACGGGACGCCGCUGAGUGCGCCGCUUAGUAGUUAUGGGACGCCGAAUUAUGACCUGAAUAAUGGAAAUGGGAAUUAUGAUUUCGGGGGACACGGGGACCAGGGUGGACAUGGAGAUCACGGGGAUCAGGGUGAGCCUAAAUCCUACGAAUUUGGCUACCAAGUCAAAGACGACUACACCGGAAACAACUACAACAGAAAGGAGUCGAGCGACGGGAACCAGGUCCGAGGCGAGUACCGCGUGCAAUUACCCGACGGUCGUACCCAAAUAGUCACUUAUUACGCCGACUGGCAAACCGGAUUCCACGCCGACGUGAGAUACGAAGGUACCGCCCAGUACCCAGAGCAGUACAACACUUACAACGGCGGAAAUAAUGGGCAGUACGGGGCACCCAAUUACUCCAAUAACAAUGGGUAUGGUACGAGUUCCGUGUCCAUCAAGGAUUACUCGAGUGGGUCCGGGAACGGGUACAACUCGGGCUCCGGGAGCGGGUACGACUCGUACGCCGGGAAUUUCGGAAACAAAGGAAGACCUGGAUAUGAAUACGGAGCUCCUUAGGCACGAACUAGGCUUGUGUUAAGAUUACCAGAUACAAAUUAGCGUAAUUUUGUACUAUUUAUUGUAGACAGUAUUUAAGUUUGUACAUAUCUGUUAGUACUAGAAUGCCAGUAUCGAUUUUUGUACCUACGCAAAGCAUUUAUUUAAAUACAUUUUGUAGAAAAUUGCAA